CUUUGGCUACGUAUCAUUUUUGACUGGUUGGGUCUUGCGUUGGGCUCGCACUAUACAAACUUUAAGUUAGGAGGCGAGAUCUUCCCAUGUCAUCGACGCCAGUGGUAGACCUGGACGCGCUGCGUGCGUCCGUGACGCGUCAGGGCGCUCAGGUGCGCGAGCUCAAGCAGAAGGGCGCGGCGGCUGAGGAUGUGAAGGCGGCCGUGGACGAGCUCAAGAAGCUUAAGCUGGAGCUGGAGACUCAGACGGCCCUGCAGGGUCCGGCCGAGGACGGACUUAGCAAGAGCGACAAGAAGGCGCUGGACGACCUGCUGUUGCGCAAAAUGUUCGUUGUGCCUAGCUUUGAGAUCUACGGUGGCGUGGGCGGCUUCUACGACUUUGGUCCGCCGGCCUGCGCGCUUAAGAGCAACCUGUUGCAGUUCUGGCGCCGCCACUUUGUGUUCGCCGAUAAACUGCUGGAGGUCGAAUGCACCAAUCUAAUGCCCGAGGUGGUGCUGAAAACCUCGGGCCACGUGGAUCGCUUCACGGAUCUCAUGGUUAAAUGCACCAAGUCGGGCGAAUGCUACCGCGCCGACAAGCUGCUCGAGGACCACGUCGAGAACUUUCUGGACAAGCACCCGGAUCUGAGCAAGGAGGAGCGUGAGAAGCACGAACUGCACGCCACUAUGGCCGAGUCGUACUCGCCCGAGGAGAUCCACGCCGUGUUCCAGGAGUACGGCAUCAAGGCCCCCGGCACGGGCGCCGAUCUGAGCUUCCCCAUCCCGUUCAACCUUAUGUUCAAGUGUGCCAUUGGGCCCGAGGGCGGCCUGGUGGGCUAUCUGCGUCCCGAGACAGCCCAGGGUAUUUUCCUCAACUUCCGCCGUCUGCUCGAGUACAACGCCGGUAAGGUUCCCUUCGGCUGCGCCCAGAUCGGCAGUGCCUUUCGUAACGAGAUCUCGCCCCGCGCCAGCCUCUUGCGUGUGCGUGAGUUCCAGCAGGCCGAGAUCGAGUUCUUCGUCAACCCAAAGGACAAGAGCCACGCCAAGUUCUCGACUAUUAAGGACCUGGAGCUGCCACUGCUGACCAAGACCAACCAGCUGACGCACGGCAAGGCCGUGCAAAUGACGUGCGGCGCUGCGGUGGAACAGGGUAUCAUCGCCAACGAGAGUCUGGCCUACUACUUGGCCCGGACGUACAAGUUCUGCAAGGCCAUCGGCAUUGACAUGGAGCGUCUGCGUUUCCGCCAGCACCUGAACACCGAGAUGGCCCACUACGCCACGGACUGCUGGGACCUGGAGAUCAAGCUGAGCUCCGGCUGGGUGGAAUGCGCCGGCCACGCCGACCGCUCGUGCUACGAUCUGUCGGUUCACGCCAAGAAGAGCAAGGUCGAGAUGGUGGGCACGCACAAGUUUGACAAGCCCGAGAAGCGCCAGAUCGCGGAGAUCAAGCCGAACAAGGGCAAGAUGGGCCGCACGUUCAAGGCCGAUGUGGCCACGAUCCUCGAGGCGCUCGAGGCUUUGAAGGAUGACGUGCCGCGCGCGCAGGCGUUUGAGGACGAGCUGGCCUCCAAGGGCGAGGCCACGCUCGGCCCGCUGUGCGACGGCAAGCAGUUCACGCUGCAGCGCGACAUGGUGGCCAUCAAGGUGGUGGAGAAGAUGGUGAGCGAGGAGAAGUUCGUUCCCUCGGUGAUCGAGCCCUCGUUCGGAAUCGGCCGUAUCCUGACCGCCGUCUUUGAGCACAACUUCUACACUCGCGAGGGUGACGAGAAGCGUGGUGUCAUGUCGUUCUCGCCAUUGAUCGCCCCUAUUAAGGUGUCGGUUCUUCCUCUAAGCAACAACCCGGCCUUCGAGCCGUUCGCGACGGAGCUGGAGAACGUCUUCGUUGAGGAAGGUCUGGAGUGCAAGGUGGACACGUCGAGUGUGGCAAUCGGCCGUAAGUACGCGCGUGCGGACGAGCUGGGCAUUCCAUUCAACGUCACGAUCGACUUCGACACGGUCAAGGACCGCGUGGUGACGCUACGUGAGCGUGACUCGACGGCGCAGGUGCGGAUCCCCAUGGACGCUAUCGGAGCCGAGGUGAACAAGCUGGUCAAGGGCUCGACCACCUGGGAGAAGAUGCUCGAGCAAUACCCGAAGGUCACAGCCGCCGAGUAAGUAGAUAGAUGCCAGCAGCCAAGGCAGAUAGAGUCGUGCGAUGCGAUCUCUAACCGUAAUGCAUUGCUUCGCGUUACUUCAAAUCGCCUUCAACCUUCACUUGAAGCUGACGCACGAAACCUACGAAAGAGCAUGUUUUGGCGACGCUAUUCUGAGAUGGAUACAGUCCAUUACUUGCGCUGACUACGGCAAAUGCGCCUGGUUUUGCAAGUGCACGUCGACGAGGCGUUAGGCGAAGUCUCAACAUUUCGGGCCAGAAAUGAUUACUGGAAAUAGCCUGAGAGUCGGACUGGCAAGCUAGUCUCAACAUUGGGGGCUUGAAUAGAUUAGACGAGCUCGAUCUGGGAGCUGACGUGGCGAUCGCUUGUCCGCUUGAAGAAGAACCGGUGGUCGCGGACGCCUCGGCCGAGUCAGUGGACCGUAAGCCAUCCACCUGCGAGGUGAUGGCGCACACGGAGCAACCGCUCAUUUGAUGCCGCGUUCGGUGGUUGAUUAUGCGGGAGAAGGAUUCAUUUCGCGGCUGAGGAGCACCCGCAGCCACGGAUGAGAAGAGCACCGACAUAUAAGAGAACCCCGACUCCAACUUUGGAUGCUAUGAUUCUCCAUUAGUUCCUGGGAGAUCUGAGAAGCGGUUACAAUUAUGGAAGACCAAUGUUGCGAGCAACGAAAGUCCGGUAUUGUAAAACGCGUAUCGACCUUGGUCACGUUGUCAUAUGCUCCGUGAAGGAAAACGCUGGGUGUACUUCGAUGUAUUUAUUGAUGGAGAAAGCAAAUGGCGAAUGUCAUUCCGUAUUUUGUGAAAGCAUGGUGCAACGAUGUAUAUAGUCUGCGAUGAAGGUCUCCGAAGUAGGGAGCAGGCUAUAGUAAAUCACGUAGGUGGUGAACAUGAC